GCAGCUUUGAGCUUGUCCGGGGCUAGUCGGCGAGGGCGGGCCGAAACAGGUGGGCCCUUAGUGCAAAUGUGAUGCAUGACGUUUGACGUCACAGGAGGCAAGUCGUUCAGGACGCGAACGAGUUUAGGAUGCUUGCUGAAAAGUUCUAUAAAAGGCUGUGAAGCUUGAGGUAGGACACGAAUGGGAGUGAUAGCAGCCACGUUGGCGCUAGUCCCGAUAACACUGAGCUGUGUCCUAGAGUCGAUAAGCUUCUUCCUUUUAGCGUCGACGAUGAGGUCGAAGCGUUGAAGAAAGUCUAUGCCUAUGAUGGCGAAAGGCACGGCAGCGAUUAUGAAAGGCCAGCGAAAGGUUCGCCGGAGGCCUAAAUUGAGUGUUAGCAGCUUUUCGCCGAAAGUUGCGAUUGGUGUGCCAUUGGCGGCACGCAGCUUGGUCGGCGAUGGUGAGACGACCUCAUCUGAGCUACGGGGUAUAACGCUAACUUCGGCACCAGUGUCGACUAGAAACUCGGUGCCGGAAGUUAAAUCCCUAACGCGGAUGAGGCGACUUUGGUGUGGGCCGAUCGCGUCCGUCGCCGUUACGGACCGGCCGAGAAGUUUCCCUGCUUCUCGGCGAAGUUGCAAGGCUUGACACAUUUACGAGCUGCGGUACCAAAACGCUGGUGGUACCAACAGCUAGCCUGCCUGUUUCUAGACUUAGAACGUUUGCAGGGCGAUUUUGAUCGGCUAUGACGACGAGGGUUCAUAGUAAGCUGUUGCACCUGGCGACUAAGUGUCGCAACUUGUGUUUGGAGGGCUUCUAUAGUUGACUGUAAGCCAGUGAUAGAAGUGCCCUGGGACGCGACGGCAUUGAUCUUGCUGGCGUCGGCUUGUGGCUGUGAUCGUUCAAUAACUCGAUCCGCUAAAUCUGCUAGUUGAGUGAGCGAAACGGAGCUCACUGUAGCGAGAAUCGCUUGCGUGUUUUCCGGUAGCCGUUGUAGCCAUAGUUCGCGAAGUAACGUCUCAUCCAUGGUUGAGGAACCAA